AGUCUAAAGAUCAGCACUUUGGGGACAGGUGUCGUCCAGCAGACCUGCUUAGGGAAUCACCGCUCUCAAUCAACGCUUAUUACCAGCCUAAGUACUGUAAAAGGCUCUUUCAAUUAUUAACCUCCGAAUAAAACCAGACACCCGCCUUGGGAAAAAAAGAAAAAAAACUGCUCUGUCAAAAGGCUGGGUGGAAAUGGCGAAAAACACCACCGUUACGGAAGACUUGCCCCCACCGUACAACUACAACGGCUACCCCCAGCAGCCAGCGCCACCAGAAACCUUCCAGGUGGCCCCGGGAAACAUGGCCAUGGGCUCCGUGGGGGGCGACUGCGCAGGGAAUGCCGAGGGCCAGACCCCCGGUGCCCCACCGGCAUACUCUGAGGGUUUGGAGGACUUCAGCUGCUUCUCGGACGCAGCCAUCAGGAGAGGUUUCGUCAGAAAGGUCUACUUGACGCUCAUGGUUCAGCUGCUGGUCACCACAGCCAUCAUCUGCGCCUUUCUCUACUGGCAUGAACUCAGAGUCUGGACGAUACAUAGCACCUGGUUCACAUACACUAUGCUGGCGAUAGUGUUUGCGCUCAUCCUCGUCCUGUCGUGCUGUGGAAACCUGCGGCGAAAAGUGCCGCUGAAUUUCAUCUUCCUUGCACUGUUUACAGCGGCGGAAGGCCUGGCGCUGGGUUCGGUCACUGUGUUCUACGAAGCUGAGGCUGUGCUUUGGGCUGUCGGGGCCACCGCUUUCGUCUCUUUUGCUCUGAGCGUGUUUGCGAUGCAGACAAAGUGGGACUUCACAGCACUGAGUGGAAGCCUUUGGGCCAUAUGCUGGUCCCUGGUCACUUUCGGUAUCCUGUGUGCAAUCCUGCGCUCACACUAUCUGUACAUUGUGUACGCCAGCCUCGGGACGCUCAUCUUUUCUGUGUAUCUGGUGAUCGACACGCAGUUCAUGCUGGGCGGGAAACACAGAUACAGCGUCAGUCCGGAGGAGUACAUCUUCGUGGCGCUCAACCUCUACUUGGACAUCGUCUCGCUUUUCCUUUUCAUACUGCAGCUCUUCGGGCUGAGUCGUUGACACGCCGUCUCCGUCUGUCCAUCCGCUGCCCGCGUCCAAGCGUGUGUCUGGUGCACGUGUUUCUUGUCAAAUUCUGCUGUGUGUUUCUAGUCUUACCACUUACUCCAAAUUAGUUAACAUUUUAUGAAAUGUUAAACACUGCCAGUGUUAUUUGUACUAUACUCGUUUGUAUUUAUAUGAGAUACCGUAAAGAU